AUGGGAAUCAGUAUUGAAGCCUACUUUCUAUUCUCGGGAAUUUUGUUAGCGUAUCCCAGAUUUCGCAGACAAGAAAAGAAAGUCAACAUACGUAUCAUCAAGCUCAUAGUCCGACGCUACAUCAGGUUAUGUCCCUCUUUGCUUCUAAUCCUGGGGAUCAUAGUCGCUCUGCCUCUGCUCGGAUCUGGACCAGUUUAUGCAGAUAUCUUCGAAGCUGCGGCUGACAACACCAGGAAAUGGUGGUGGACAUACGCAUUGAUGUUCAACAACUUCUUGCCUGUCAAAGAUCAGAAUUUCUUGUACCUUUGGUUCAUUCCAUGCCUGAUGCAAAUAACGAUUGUUGGUGCUUUAUUUUUGUGGCUGAUAGCAAAGUUUCCGAAAUUUGGAAUCUUUGUUACUAUAGCAGCUGGAAUAAUAUGCAACGUAAUCGUAGGAGUACAAACUGCAUUAAAGCAUUUUCCACCAACCUACUCCAUUUAUUACUACCACGAUAGAGAGUACUUCGAAGAGCCAAUUUACACUGCCCCACUUAAUCACGUGCUUACUUAUGGAAUUGGAAUGAUAUUGGGAUAUUAUAUGGCAAAAAAUCCCGUCCUCAAGUGGUCUAAGAAACAUGUAGUCUUUGGAUGGAUCGUUUCCUUGCUGCUGACUGUAGGAGUACAGUUAGUGUGUUAUGUUUGGCAUGAGGGCCUUCAGCCUGACCCAGUGGCAGCCGCCAUUUACGCAGCAACACAUCGCACAGCCUUCACACUCGGACUGGCAUGGAUCAUUCUUGCGUGUACACAUGGGUAUGGAGGUGCUUUUGCAAAGAUUUUAAGUUGGAAAGGAUUCGUACCACUCAGCAAAUUAGGAUACUUUGGGUACCUAAUUCACUAUAUCGUCAUCACUCACCAUGUAUCUAUGGCACGAGUACCCCUCAUGUACUCACAUUAUGAAGUGUGGAUGCGAUUCUGUGGCUAUUCAUUCUUAACAUUCCUAUCUGCUUUUGUACUUUAUAUCACAUUUGAGCAACCUCUGGUGUCCAUAGAAUCAUUAUUUUGGCCACGCAGACCGGAUGAUUCGGCAAGCCAGAUUCAUUUACCACGGAACAUUAAAGUCAGUGACCUUGUUGUUGUGAAGCACAGUGACAAUGAAGCAGAAAAUAGCAUGAGGCCAUCUUCAAACGGAUCAUCCUUAUCACGAAGAGAAGCAACUGACGAACAUUCAAGGCUUUGAAAAGAACUUAACACAUUAUACAAACAGUACAGUGAUUGGUUGCGUUUAUUUAGAGCAACCGGUCAUCUGCGGUUAACCAGUGACUUACCAUGAGCAUUCUAAUAGUGCUACUGGUUAACUGUUAGUUGCCAAAGUUGUUCUAAUAGCUUCACUGGUCAUCCGCAAUUUAAGCUGUUUGAUAGAACCACGAGACAUUUUCAACCAAUGCAUAUUAACCAAAAGCGUGCGAUGGAGCAUCAGCUUGUCUGGUAAUCAAUCAGUUAAUAACCACCAACACAUUAGCUGUCAUGUGAUCAACCAACUGCGGUCGCCCGGUUGCUCUAUAUGAACGCAAGCAAAAUCAUACCUGAAAAGUCAUGUUAAUGUUCAGUUGAGACUUAAUGAUGAUAGUUUGCUCAUUCCCAUAAAGACCACCAUUUUGAGCACACAACAAACACACUGGGGAACAAUUUUUAACAAUUUCUGUUGAAUUAAAAUUUUUGAGUUGCU